AUGGCUACUCACACUCUCUCCCGCCGUAUCGCGACAAGGCUCAGCAACAAGCGACCAGAGUCCUUGGUACGACCCUUCUCCACCACACACAGGCACGCCAAAUCACCCGCCCUUUCCGACAUCGAACCAGAUCAAGGCCACAUCUUCGACUCCAAACAGAAAGACUUCCGCGACAACCUCGCCGAAGCGCAACGGAGAAAGAAAGAACAAGACCGUCAGUCAGCUCUCCAGUCAGCGUCCACCCAAGCCGCUAAGUCCUCUUCUUCCUCCUCUCCCAAAUCUACCAUCUCCGAAUACCUUGACGCUGCGGGCCUAGGCUCACUUUCUAAUGCUGCAGGCGAAGCACAACGCAGGACCGCAGACCAUGGCAAGAAGAAGGCUCCGUCAGGCGGGCUGAGCAGUUUCAUCUACGGAACCGAGGAGGGUAGGGAGAUGGAUCGGGAGAUUGAGCGCAGCUUCUCGCAGGUGCUGGCGAGAGGGAAGUAUGUGCAUAGCAUUGUGCUUCAUGAGGUGAAGCCGGAUAAGGUGGAUGAGUAUGUUGAACUGGUGGGGAAGUGGUAUCCCAAGGUUGCGAACGACCCGCAUAACAAGGUGCAUUUGGUUGGCAGCUGGAGGACGGAGGUAGGAGACUGCGAUACGUUCGUUCACAUCUGGGAGUACCAACGCUACGCCGGCUACCACGCCUCGCUACACAGCAGUCGCAGCCACCCGGAGUACGCUGACUUCGAUCGCAAGCUUCGGACUCUGAUUAACAGCAAGAAUACUUCGCUUAUGCAAGAGUUCCGGUUCUGGCCAACAAGUCCGCCGCGGAAGCUUGGUGGAGUGUUUGAGCUGCGAUCAUACACCCUACAUCCUGGUAAUUUGCUAGAGUGGGAGACACACUGGCAGAAGGGCUUGGCAGCACGGAGAGAAGUGAUGGAAGGCGUCGGAGCUUGGUUCGUACAGAUUGGUGAUCUAAACGCAGUGCACCAUCUCUGGCAAUUUGCAGAUCUGGAAGAGCGUAGAGCACGGCGUGAGCAGAGCUGGAGUGUCUCAGGCUGGGGUGAAACGGUACACAAGACUGUGCCACUCAUUCAGAGCAUGAAGAGUAGGAUCAUGGUUCCAAUGCCCUGGAGUCCGAUCGGUUGA